CUGCCUUUCAUGAUGUUUACAUAAAAACAUGUCGCAAAACGAAACUAUAGAUAUACACGUAUGAAUUUGAAUAACUUUUCAAUGAAAAUGAGCUCGAAUCGAAUCUAUUGUGUAGCAAAUUGUCUCCUGUGAUUAAGUUGCAAAAAAAGCAAACAGGUUGAAAACAGGACAUUGUCAAAAUUCCUCAAAGUCAAAAGCAGAACUUCGAAUAAAGAGAAACGUCACAGAUUGAAUCUUCAAACGUCUACAUGCCCUUGUGUGUGUUACUUUGCUACGAAAGUUUGGGAAGAAAAAUGUAGAUAUCUAGUGAUGUAGACAAGCGAUGGCAACAGGUUAUGAAGUUAGCAGAUUUGUAAAGCCAGUUGAUCAAAGCCUUCAUUGCGUAAUAUGCAAAGAAGUAUUAAGAGAUCCAGUGCAGUGUUGUAGGAAUGGACAUCAUUUCUGUAGGAAUUGUAUCACCGAAAAUCGACGAUAUUCACCGAACUGUCCGACAUGUAAAGACCCCGUAGAGACCCUAGCCAGACCUCAACGAUUCUUGGCGAACACCCUGUCAAGUUUGAAGAUUUCGUGCGAGAAUUCCGAGCGUGGUUGUCCAAAGAUCGUUGAACUUGGCUCACUCGACACACACGUAGCAACUUGUGGUUUCAGUCCAAUGCCAUGUUCCAACGAUCAAUGUGAUGAAAUAAUAAGUCAGCGUGAUAAAGAAAUUCACGAAAAUAAAGUUUGUGGUUUUCGACGAGUCGAGUGUGAUUACUGCGCCCAAAUGGUGCUGCAUAAGAACUUUAUGGAGCAUUUAUGUACGCAUACAUGUGAAAUGAAAGCCGAGUUGAGAGAAGUUCGCUCUACGCAAGAUGAAAUGUUUAAUAUGAUGCAAAAUAUGAUGUCGAGUCUUACGAGGCUUGAAAGAAAUACGGCACAACGUUCAGAAGGCAGUCAUGCAAGCAGUGGUCAGGAAUUGAAAGCCGAGAUUGUCGUCGCAGGAGGGAGUUUUUGUAAAUCUGUCGAAGUGUUCGACAUGGCAACCAAAACAUGGCGGCCACUGUCAGAGAUGAAUGAAUGUAGAGAUGAAGCAAGUUCAGUUUUAUACCAAGGUCACAUGUUUGUGACAGGCGGGGAUUUUGGAUACCUCCAUCUCCCAGACAGUGUUGAAGUACUAAAUCUUGCUGAGCAAGAUGGACAUUGGGUUAAAUCUCAAUUUAAAUUACCAGUACCGUCCUGUGGUCACGCAUGCGUGGUAUAUCAGAGCCAUGUUUUUCUUAUUGGAGGACACGUUUCUUCUAAACCCUGUGAUACAAUACAUGAAAUUCAGCUGACUCCUCCCUAUGCAUCAAGGUUGCUUACCAAGAUGUCCACGCCAAUACGUGACCAUGGUGCUGAGAUAGUGAAUGGCAAGAUAUACAUCAUUGGUGGAAGGACGGCAGGACGUUGUGAAGACGCAACCAACACUGUUCUCAAGUUUGACCCAGCAACCAAUACUUGUACAGAGCUCAAACCACUUCCACAUCCGGUAUCAAGUAUGGCAACUGCAACUUGGAAAGACAAUGUGAUCGUCCUUGGCGGGAGGGACAAUCAAGGCAACAUUCUCAAUACAGUGAUACUGUAUAAUGUUAUAACAGGAAGUCGUCGCAUGCUUCCUGAGAUGACAAACAAGCGAUAUGGUUGCAUAGCAGUUGUCAUUGAUGAUAAUAUUAUCACAAUGGGCGGAUGUGAUGAAACUCACACUGAACUUAACUCUGUUGAAUGCUAUAAUUUCCAGACCAACAUAUGGACAGAGUUCCCAGCCAUGGCUGAAGCAAGAGUUUUCGCUACUGCUGUUGUAAAAUAUUGCUGACAUUGCACGAUGAAUUGUACUGCACCUCAUAAAAUAAUUUAUGUAUACAUUUAUUAUUCAUAUAUAUUUAAUACAAUAAAUUGUAAAUUCAUAUCAAUACUUAACCGUCGUACUUUUCGUGAAAAAUGUAUUGAUAGAAUGUAAUACUGAAAUACGCUCAACAGCCUG